AUGUUUACUCCGUAUUCUAUUUAUCUUUACAAGGGACAUCAGCCACCAAAGCUUGUAAACAUUGACCAUCCUGUAGCCAAAGCGGUAGCCAUCCCAAAUCCUUGUGUCUUAUUGUUAAAUUUGAGCAUUAUCCGGGCCAUCCUCAUUCUGGAGGAAGAUCACCAGGGUUUCGUGUCCGUGCAGGCAGAGUCUCACAGAGUAAAGGUAGUGGAAGAGGUGCAGAGUAGUCUUAUGGAAUCAGAUUCUCUUCAAGCCAGGUUUGAGGCAAUAUUUCCAAAACUCGUAAUUCUUUGUUCUGGGUCAUCUAGGGAUCCUUGCAUCGAUGAGGAGGAUAGAGGGGCCCUUGGGCUUGGCAUGGAGUGCCUCAUGGGUGCACCUGACACGCUGGUUGUGGCUGAGCCCUUCUGGGAGGCGGCCGCGGGCUACGGCUUGACUUUUGAGGGUUUGAUGAAGCCGGUGGCUUUAAACUCCUCGCCCGAGCUUCGUAUCCAUACGGACUCCUCCAAAAAUUUCGCAGGCAUUCCAGAUCUAUUCAUUUUUCCCGGAGAUACGGCGCAGCCAGUCGCUCAUCGAUUGCGCCUCUGGUUGGGCGGUCAACGCGGAUCCUGGCGAUCUCAGAAGCAGCUCAGCAAGGGGGCUUGGGUGGCUCCAAUCAGCGGCGGCUCCGCGGCGGGCGAAUUGGGGCUGUGCAGGCCAGCGCACUCAAGCCACGUUCUCGCGCUUGUGGCCGGGCAGCACUUACAUAUGUAUCAUGGCGGUGCUGCUCUAUGCUCCCUGGCAGCGCGGUCGCUCUCGAUGGAUGUCUUUGACCCCUUCCACCCUCCUCACCCACGGUCGCAUCCGGAGCAAAUUAGUCAUUGCAACCCCCCGCUUCUCAAUCAGAACCGGCUUGAGGCAGUCAGCCCGACGUCCCUGCUUGCACUUGAAAUUGGCUUGAACCAGGAGCUCGGCCAAGUAGCGAGGUCCAGCUUGAAGCUUGAUCCCGAAGACGGCACUUUUCGAGCGCGGAGAAACAAAGAGCCACUAACUAGCCAACUUAUCUGGUUCGGACUCAACCACCAACCACCAACGACCGCGUCCACACACUUCAGCUCCCUUUUUUUUUGCAAAUCAAUCAUCUAG